UACUGAGUACUUUACUGAGAAAACCAAGACUAUAUCCAAACGAAUCUCUUUUAUUGUGGGGAUAUACUUAAAAUUGAGUGGGUAUAUAAUAACUGCAUGCAGUUUUGUCCAUAAAAAUGAAAAAAUUUUCAACUUUAUUUGUCACAAUCACAACAGAUGAAAUUUAAAAAAUUUAUUUAAUACUACAUACAGCGCAAACAGUUUAAAAACACCCAAACAAUUUAAUUUCGGGUUCAAUAAACAAGCCUUUGCGUGUCUGUUUUAACUUUAGAACUAUGGCUAAGUUAAACUUUUAUCAGCAAACUAAUUACACUUUCCAAGUUAUCUUAUAGUUCUCGAUAUUAUUAAUUGGGGCGCCUUCUCCUUUUUUUUGUUUUCUUGUUGGUUUGCUUUUUUUUUGGGUUUCAAUGUUUUCAAACCUUUUAUUACUGUAUUAUUUAUCAUUGUAUAUUGUUCUUUAAACUAAUAUCUAAACCUGUGUGACGACAGAAGUCUGAACAAUUAAGUACACACAGGUACUAAUGUACCGGGUGCCAGAUUAGCCAUAACGAUGCGAAACAUAUAUAAUAGUGUAACUGGAGUAGUUAUAAGGUUUGCUGUGUAGUAAUUGUUGUGAAUUUAAAUAAAUUCAAUUACAAUUCUGUCCGUAUAUUGUAGCAUAUUUUGGCCAAUAGAAGUAAAGAAGAGUGGAAAGUGUUCUAUGCAAACAAAUCGAUAGACUCACCAAUUUAAGUUCAAUGAUUCGGAUUAAGCCACUAACCACACAUUUAUUUGCGUUGUAAAUUUUGUUCUCGAAUAAACAAAAACAAAAUUGCCGAAGUCAAGGUAAUGUCUAAUGUUUUUGAAAAACCUCCUAAAAUAUUAGAAGCGGUGCGAUUAUAGCGGCGACACGGAGGUCAUAGAAUGCCGAAAUGAUCAAAAAGUAAACCAAACUAGCUCAAUAACAGGACAAUAAAAAUUUGAAACAAAAUAUGUUGCUGAUAAUAAAUAUCCUAACAUUACUCCUAUAUCCCUGUAAUGCCGGAAUAGGUAAAAAUGUGAACGCUCGACCAGAAGUAUUAGUCAACAAAUGCUGCUUAGAAAAUGACAUUUAUAUAGGUAAAUACUGCAAGCCUGUUGAGUUUGUUGGAGACAAGUGGUCUCCUUUAUUUACUUCUGAGAAAGGAAUCUCCAAUUUGCAAGUGAAACACAAGUUUGUGUUUGGAUUACCUGACUGUGGCCAUACCCAGCCCUGGCCGAUUUAUCAUUAUCAAAACUCUACUGAUAAACUUAGGUUACUUCCCAAUGGAGUUUUACGGCAUUAUUUUGAUCAUCAAGUUCCUGAGGAAUUUGAUUUUGAAAUGGAACUGAUUGAAGGAAAAAACCUUUACCAAGAUUAUGAGCAAGGCAAAUAUUGCAUGGAUAAAAAAAAAGAUGAAAUACAAAGGGAAUUCGCUUGGGUUUGCCCUCCAGACCAUAAACAGAUGUGGACCACAAAUGAGUUUUUAAUGCACAAUGUUGUCAACCCCAUUUCGCAUGGAAUUACCAUAAUAUUCCUGCUAAUGGUGGCGGUAAUAUAUUUUGUAAUGCCCACUUUAAGAGAUUUGACAGGUAACAUUGUUACCACUAUGUGUAUGUGCCUUAUAGUUAACCAGACUGCUGACCUCAUUCGUUUAUUGACUGUCUUUAAGAGUCACAUAAGUUUGUUCAUUACCGAAACAAUCUGUUAUAUUAGCCUCCUUGGGGCCUUUUUCUGGUUAAAUAGCUUGGGUUAUUAUAUUUGGAGGACAUUCAGGUCUAGAAAUGUAUUUCUGAGAAUAACAGAUGGGAAAAAAUACUGUUAUUAUGGAAGCUACGCAUGGUCAUGUACCUUGAUCUUAGGCUGUUUAGCUGUUUUUGCCCAUUUUACAAUGGACUACCAAGAUAUGAAACCCACUUUGAACUUUGAUCAACAGCAAGAACAAAUUGGUUCUUUGGGAAUGAUCAUUUUCUUUGUACCCAUAGCAUUUACUGUACUAGUUGAUGUAUUUUUCAUAGCCACAACUUUAAAAAAAAUAAACCGUAUGCAUACCUAUGGAAGAAUCCAUCACAAACUUCGGCACAGUUUCAGAAUGUUUUUACUCCUUCUUCUGACCAUGACUCUGUGUUGGCUAUUUUUCCUAUCCUCAUUUUCCAAAUACGAGGGUCUGAUCAACAGCCAUAUCAUAGUGAACACCUUUCAAGGACCCACAAUUUUUUAUAUCUGUGUGUUUAACCAAAAGCAUGUAUCUUACUUACUUCGUAAAACAUGCUGUUAUGAGAACUGUAUAUGUCCCUGCUGCAGACCUGACCGCGAGCAGGAGUGGGGGGAUGAAAUGACAGCCAUGCAUACUCAGUGUUGAAUAAAGGAGGACAGGUAACUAAGGCACUUAAUGUAUUCCAAAAAGACAAACAUGGUAUUGAUGGCAGCUUUUCUUUAGGUUAAUAUAUACAUAUUUUUCUAGUUGCUGUAAUUUUUCUAGGUUAGUUUCUAUAGUUUUUAUAAAAUUAAACUAACAAACAUAAAAGGUUGUGCUUAAUUUUAUAUUUUUGAAAUAUGUAAAAUAAUAGUUGAAAAAUAGAUAAAUUAGUUGUAGAUAUUUAUGUAUAAUUACAUAAUUCAAUUAAUUGCUUAUAUUUAUAAAUCCUUACUUUUGUGUGAAUUAAAUUUAAUUUAACAUAAGUUUAUUCCAUAUCUUUGAUAACUUUUGUUGUGAUAUUCUAUAAACUCGAAUAAGAGAUUAACUUGAAAUUAUUGACCAAUGUAUUGUAAGUAAUCAU